AACGUAUCGCUCGAAUAAUACGCAGAUAACCGUUUAGCGGCGUUUGUUCACUAGUCAUUUGGUGGUUCCAUUCGAGUACGGUUCGGCUAAAUCACACACGACGAGAUGGAUUGUCUGAAGGCUACGGCUAUGUCCGUCGCUAUCUGGGCUCUGAGUUUGUUCUACUCCGUCCAGGUGCUGUUCUACAUCGUAGUGCAGUUCUUCCGAAAGCCACAUUCGAUGUUCUGGGUCGUUAAGAAACGACCCUAUCCGCCGCAGUGUCUCCAGAAGCACGACUACGGAGUGAACAAGUUGAUCACGGUCAAUGGCGUGAAGCUGCACUACGUGGAGAAUGGAGAUCCAAAUAAGCCGCUGAUGGUGUUUGUUCAUGGAUUCCCCGAAUUUUGGUUCUCAUGGCGAUAUCAGCUGAAGGAAUUCGCCAAAGAUUACUGGGUGGUUGCUGUGGACAUGAGAGGCUACGGGGAAUCGGAUAAACCGAAGGAAUUGAAUGCCUAUCAGGUGCCCGAGAUGGUGAAGGACAUUAAAGAGUUGGUAACAGCAUUGGGACGCAAAAAGUUCACCCUGGUGGCGCACGAUUGGGGCGCGGUUAUCUGUUGGGACUUCCUUUCACAACACAUGGACAUGCUGGACAAGUAUAUCUUCAUGGAUGCACCCUCACGUGGAGUGGCCCACAAACUGAUGAUGUCGACCAAGGAGCAGUUUAAAAUGUCCUGGUACAUUUUCUUCUUUAAAAUGCCAAAGUUCCCGGAAUUUUUCGUCCGUAUGAACGAUUUGAAAAUGUUUGAUGUUUCGUUUGGCAAGUGCUGCACACCAGAGGAAGUGGAAGCUUACAAAUACACGUUUGCUAAGAAAGGUGCUCUCACUCCACCAAUCAACUACUACCGUGCCAAUUUCACCGCAAGUGCCAAGCGAAACGUCCGGCCACCGAAGGACAUUCCUCACGUGCCGGGUCUCUAUCUGCUGGGGGAGAACGACCUCUUCAUAUCGAAAGCGACCGGUCCGCUGUUGCAGAAACAGUUCAACAAUCUGGAGUUUAAGAUUGUGCAGGGAGCUGGCCAUUUCGUGCAGCAAGAUAAGCCAGACCUGGUCAAUCAGAUAAUGCGAGAGUUUUUAGCGAGAAAAUAAAUCCCGAUGGGCGACACGAAAGUGAAAGAGAGAAAGAAAAAAAAUAC